GUUUGGUUUAAGUAGCUUUAACAUUUUUACCAGACCAAGUGUGGUAUGAGAUGUGGGGAUGGCACAAACCAGUGGUAAGUCUUAUCUCCGAACUAGGAUCCGCCGAGUCGGAGCAUACUCGUGUCGGGGCCAUCCAAGGGCCAUCCCCGAGCCGUAUGCCAGCAAGGCUGGUAAAUAUAGAUCGACUUGGGGAUCUUAAGUAGGGAAUCACUCGAGCGAAACUUGCCGCCAGAAUCGACGUCAGUACCAUAAUCGACACGACAUAACAAGUUUUCUAUGGCAACCAUGUCAGACCCAGUCGCUUCGAACUCUAGCUCCCUGUGCACGUACAUGAAGAACUAUCCUAGUACACUGGUUGCAUAUGUCAAAUAUUUCGGGAAUAUCGACGACCAUGUACUUACUGCCGAGAUGUCUAGCAUUGACUCAAAGGGCAUGACACUUCUGUAUAAGCAGUCUGGACUCUCCGAGUCGAAGUCGGUUAGGGUAUCAUUUAAUCCACCGCUUUCAAAAUACGAUGAUGCCAAACCCCGCCUCUUGACUAUGAAGACAGAGGCGCUUGAAGGUCUUGGUACUCUCAAAGCUCCCCAAUUGACCACAUUCCGGUUUCCCCCCAAGGCUAUCAUGACACCAUUCAUUUUUCUCGCGUACUUUUAUCUUCUUGCACCACCACCCCCUGGCACAACAUUCUUCUCUAUCCCUGUCACCAACGUGGAUGCGUUCUUCUCCUUGGCACACGCGUUUAGAGGCCUCACCGGGUUCGGUUUCUCUGUUCGAACUCUUGCUACAAUCCUCGGUGUUAUUCACAGCGCUGAAGGACUGUAUACCUUGUCACUUUGUAGGCGUUUCGUAAAAGGCUUUGCAGUGACAGCUGCUUAUGUGGGCUGUAGUGUGUUGUUCGGAGUUCACAUAUGGAAAGACCUCAAGAAGCGUGUUCAGGAGAAACGCAUUGAGGCCGCUACGAAGUUCGAAUAAUUGACUUGGAUCCUAUUUAUAACUCACACCGAAGCGGUCUGUGGAGUAUCGAGCUACAGGCUGCAGCGUACAAGUUGGGCUAGUAUUUGAAGCUUAGCUACUUAGGUGGAUCAAAGUAGGGAUUGUAUUUUUCUUGUUUUGAGGUUCAAGCCCUGGGCACUAGGUACCGAUCUGACCUCACGUCUAUUUAAUAACAGUAGAGUCACCACUCGACCUUAAAUUGUCCGUGGUAGUUAGACUCGUAACCAGUCUGGACUAUGUCUUUGAGAUGUUAAACAACCAGAGUUUCUAAAU